UCUCUGCUCGCCUCUCUUUCGUUAAUUUGCCCCCUACCUUCCGCGCAAGACGCACUGAACUGCUGCCAGCACGAAGAUAGGCUGCCAUGUCCACGAUGCGCUAGUGAGCCGGCACUCCUCAUCAAUACCACGCAGUGUCAUCGUGGCGUGUUACUGGGACAAAUAUGCCCACCCCGAAGCUAAGCAGUUGGCCCCCACUGUUCAAAAUGUCAUUCCUCUCUGAAUUUCCCCUCGCACGUAUUUAACGACGCGCGGCCAAUGAGCUCCGCUCCGUCAAGAAAAAAGAAAAAAAAAAAAAGAAAGAGAGGCGACGAUAAACAAGAAAAGAGCGAAGAGAAACGUGACAGCAGCGACCUACAGCGGCGGACCGGAGCUGCGCGACUGCUCAGAAGAAGGAGAAGCACAGAUUGUGAACUGCGAAAAGCCCGUAGAGAAACCAAACGGCCGGCAUGUCGACAAAAGCUGAGCAGUUUGCUUCUAAGAUACGAUACUUGCAAGAGUAUCACAACCGUGUGCUGCAUAAUAUUUACCCAGUGCCAUCUGGAACCGACAUAGCAAACACCCUGAAAUACUUUUCUCAGACGCUGCUAAGCAUUCUAUCCCGCACAGGCAAGAAGGACAACCAGGAUGCUUCCAAUUUGGCAGUGCCCAUGACCAUGUGUCUUUUUCCUGUGCCAUUCCCACUCACACCAUCUCUAAGACCACAAGUCAGUUCCAUCAACCCUACAGUUACUCGCUCCCUCCUUUACAGCGUGCUGCGUGAUGCCCCAUCUGACCGCGGGCAGCAAAGUCGUGAUGCUCAGUUGUCAGAGUACCCUUCUUUGGACUAUCAGGGGCUCUAUGUGACGUUGGUGACCUUGCUUGAUCUUGUACCCUUGCUUCAACACGGUCAGCAUGAUUUGGGACAGUCCAUUUUUUAUACGACUACUUGUCUCCUUCCCUUUCUUAGCGAUGACAUUUUGAGCACCUUACCUUAUACCAUGAUUUCUACCUUAGCAACCUUCCCUCCAUUUCUGCACAAGGACAUUAUCGAGUACCUGAGCACGUCUUUCUUGCCCAUGGCCAUAUUGGGAUCAACUAGGAAGGAAGGAGGAGUUCCAGCCUACGUCAACUUGUCUGCUUCUUCAAUGCUCAUGAUCGCAAUGCAAUACACCUCUAAUCCAGUGUAUCACUGUCAGUUAUUAGAAUGCCUUAUGAAGUACAAGCAGGAGGUCUGGAAGGAUUUAUUGUACGUCAUUGCCUACGGUCCAUCUCAGGUGAAGCCUCCGGCUGUUCAAAUGCUUUUCCAUUACUGGCCCAAUCUGAAGCCACCGGGAGCAAUUAGUGAAUACAGAGGACUGCAGUACACAGCUUGGAAUCCCAUCCAUUGCCAGCAUAUCGAGUGCCACAAUGCGAUCAACAAGCCAGCUGUAAAGAUGUGCUUAGACCCCACUCUCUCCGUGGCUUUGGGAGACAAACCUCCACCUCUGUACAUAUGUGAGGAGUGCAGCCAGAGGAUUGCAGGGGACCACGCGGACUGGCUGAUCGAUGUCCUGUUGCCUCAAGCUGAAAUCUCUGCUAUUUGCCAGAAGAAGAACUGCAGUUCUCAUGUCAGGAGGGCCGUGGUCACUUGCUUCUCAGCCGGCUGCUGCGGACAUCAUGGCAAUAGGCCCGUGCGCUACUGUAAACGCUGCCACGUGAACCACCACAGCAGUGAUGUGGGUGCCUCAGCAGAGACACACCUCUACCAGACGUCGCCCCCUCCUAUUAACACACGGGAAUGUGGCGCCGAGGAGCUGGUCUGCACGGUGGAGGCCGUCAUCAGUUUGCUCAAAGAGGCGGAGUUCCAUGCCGAACAGAGAGAGUAUGAGCUCAAUCGCCGUCGGCAGAUGGGUCUGUCCUCGUCUCAUCACUCGCUGGACAACACUGAUUUUGACAAUAAGGAUGAUGACCAGCAUGACCAGCGUCUCCUUAGCCAGUUUGGAAUUUGGUUUCUGGUGAGCCUGUGCACGCCAAGUGAGAACACACCAACGGAGAGCCUGGCCAGGCUGGUCAGUAUGGUUUUCCAGUGGUUCCAUUCUACGGCAUACAUGAUGGAUGAUGAAGUUGGCAGCCUGGUGGAAAAGCUGAAGCCUCAGUUUGUUACCAAGUGGUUGAAGACGGUGUGCGAUGUCCGCUUUGACGUGAUGGUCAUGUGCCUGCUGCCCAAGCCGGCUGAGUUUGCUCGGGUUGGUGGCUACUGGGACAAGUCCUGUAACACGGUGACGCAGCUGAAGGAAGGCCUAAACCGCAUCUUGUGCUUGAUUCCAUACAACGUGAUCAGUCAGCCAGUGUGGGAGUGCAUCAUGCCGGAGUGGCUGGGAGCCAUAAGGACCGAGGUACCCAAUAACCAGCUGAAGGAGUUUCGGGAAGUGCUCAGCAAAAUGUUUGAUAUCGAGCUGUGCCCCCUGCCCUUCUCGAUGGAGGAAAUGUUCGGCUUUAUUAGUUGUCGUUUCACUGGGUACCCGGCAUCUGUUCAAGAGCAAGCCCUGCUCUGGCUCCACGUCUUAUCAGAGCUGGACAUUGUAGUACCCUUGCAGCAGCUAAUUGGCAUGUUUUCCGAUGGGGUGAAUUCUGUGAAAGAACUGGCUAAUCAGAGGAAAGUCCGAGUCAAUGACCUGGCUGGAAAUCUUGCAGCAAGGCGGGUGAGUGUUGUGUCAGAUCCAGGACGCCGUGGUCAGCAUAAUACGCUCAGCCCUUUCCCCAGUCCCUUUCGCAGUCCCUUUCGCAGUCCCCUGCAUUGCAGCCCCUUCCGCAGUCCGUUUAAGCACUUUGGCCAUGCCGGAGGACAUCAUACCAUCGACUUGGACUGUGAUGAGGAGGACAUGAACCUCAACUGCUUCAUCCUCAUGUUUGACCUCAUCCUUAAGCAGAUGGAGCUGCAGGAUGACGGUGUGACUCUGGGGCUCGACAACAGCCUGUCCAAAGACAUCUUGAGUAUCAUCACAAAUGUUUUUCAGGCCCCCUGGGGUGGUUCACACACCUGUCAGAAGGAUGAAAAGGCGGUCGAGUGCAACCUUUGCCAGUCAAGCAUCCUCUGCUACCAGCUGGGAUGUGAUCUUCUCGAAAGACUUUCGCCCAAAGAAGAGACCCGGCUGGUGGAGCCAACAGACAGCCUGGAGGAGAGCCUGAUCUUUCCUCGACCUGAGUUUUCUAUUGGAAUGGAAAUGGAGGAUGAGGAGAAGCCAGGGAACAAAGAAGAGGACAACCCAGGCAACAAAAAUAAAUCGCCUGACAAUGUCUAUAUGAAGAAUAAUUCUGGGAAGAAAUUCUGCUACCAGCAGCUGCCUGUCAGUCUGAAACUUAUCUAUACAAUUCUACAGGAAAUGCCCAAAUUCGAUGAACCAGAUAUUCUCUUUAAUAUGUUAAACUGCCUGAAGAUCCUCUGCCUUCACGGUGAAUGCCUGUAUAUUGCCAGAAAGGACCACCCGCACUUUCUGGCUUACAUUCAAGACAAAAUGUUGAUCUCAAGCCUUUGGCGGGUGCUCAAGUCCGAAUUCUCCCAUUUGGCAUCACAGGCAGUGCCUCUGCUCCUUCACGCACUUUCUCUGCCCCACGGGGCUGACAUAUUCUGGACUAUUGUGGACAGCAGCUUCAACAACAAGGAAUGGGAGAUACGUUUUGAAGCAGUGGAGAGAGUAGCAGUGCUCUGCCGAUUCCUGGACAUCGCCUCUCUGACCAAGAACCACCUGCUCAAGUACUCGUUGGCCCAUGCCUUUUGCUGUUUCCUGGCAGCUGUGGAGGAUGUCAACCCGGCGGUGGCGACCAGGGCCAGGCUACUGUUGGACACCAUUAAGAAACCUGCUCUGCAGGGUCUGUGUCUUUGCUUGGAUUUCCAGUUUGACACAGUAGUGAAGGACAGGCCCACCAUCCUCAGCAAACUUCUGCUGCUCCACUUUCUCAAGCAGGAUGUCCCAGCUUUGAGCUGGGAGUUCUUUGUCAGCCGAUUCGACACGUUGUCCCUGGAGGCACAGCUUCAUUUGGAUUGCAACAAGGAGUUUCCAUUCCCAACAACUAUUACUGCAGUCCGGACCAAUGUCGCAAACCUGAGUGAUGCUGCCAUGUGGAAAAUCAAGAGGGCACGUUUUGCACGAAACCGGCAGAAAAGUGUGCGCUCACUCCGGGACAGCGUGAAAGGCCCCGCUGAGUCCAAGAGGACCCUGUCAUUGCCCGAGACGCUGAGCAGUCGAAUCCCUGUUAGACUUACAAGGCACGAGCAGUCCGCACCGACUCUGGGAGAGCUGAUAGAGCAAAUGUUACCUGGACAACAGUCUGUGGAGGAUGACACCAUAAUCAAGGAUCCCCUUCCUGAAGAUGCUGGCAUAGACCAUCAGACUGUGCACCACCUAAUUACUGUGUUGAUGAAAUUCAUGGCAAAGGACAAGAGCAGCGCUGAGGCGGACAUCAGCAGUGCCAAAGCGUUCAACACGGUCAAGCGGCACCUCUAUGUGCUGCUGGGCUAUGAUCAGCAGGAAGGCUGCUUUAUGAUCGCCCCUCAGAAAAUGAGGACUUCCACCUGCUUCAAUGCCUUUAUCGCUGGCAUCUCCCAGGUGAUGGAUUACAACAUAAACCUGGGAAAGCAUCUCCUACCUCUGGUGGUGCAAGUUCUGAAAUACUGCACCUGCCCCCAGCUUCGCCAUUACUUUCAGCAGCCGCCGCGCUGUUCCCUCUGGUCUCUACGGCCACACAUCCGGCAGAUGUGGCUCAAGACUUUACUGGUGAUCCUUUACAAGUACCACUAUAGAGAAGCGGAUAUCAGUAAGAUUGUGCUUCAUCUGAUCCACAUUACCAUCAACACCUUGAAUGCUCAGUACCAUAGCUGUAAGCCUCAUGCCACAGCUGGACCCCUUUAUAGUGACAACAGCAAUGCCAGUCGCUACAGUGAGAAGGAAAAAGAAGAAGACAGCGUCUUUGAUGAAUCUGACAUACAUGACACCCCUACUGGAGUCAGCAACAAAGAGUCACAGACCUUUUUCGCCAGACUCAAGAGAAUUGGUGGGAAUAAAUCAGUGAAGUAUCAGCCUGUGGACACGAAUGCCCAGAAAAGUGAAAUCGAGUUGUCAGAAAACAGAGACGCAAGUGCCCUCCAGGACAGUAUCCUACGCUGUGUGAGGGAAGAAAGCAUAAAGAAGAAAAGACUGCAGGCCUUCAAGCAGAAAUCCUUGGAUAUCAGCAAUACUGAUUCCAUAUUGUUCAAUCUCGAUGAUCACAGAAGAAAAUCCUGCAUCGAGCGAUGUGAUGUUGAAAAAUAUGGAGGAAUACCCUCGUCUUCUAACGUCCAGCAAGGUGACCAUUAUAACAGAUCAUCUGGCCAUCCAAAUGAUAAAGCCAAACCCAAUGAUUCUUUGGAAAAACCAGCACUGGGCGAUGGCUUCACUGAAACCAAGAGGCCCAUAAUCCCUGAAGUAAGACUCAGCUGUAUGGAAACAUUUGAGGACAAACUGGAAUCCCCAAAUGGAGAUCAGCUGUCCAAGGAAGACCCAGACCUGAUUGAUUUGUCCUCAGAUUCAAAUUCCUGCCCCGAGAAGCACUCGAUCCUCUCAAUGUCGGACAGUGAUUCCUUGGUGUUUGAGCCUUUGCCCCCUCUCAGGAUUGUGGAAAGUGAUGAGGAGUAUGAGAUCCCAAGCUCCUUAAACAAACUUAACGGCAAGGUCACUCCUUCUCCUUCAACAAGCAAUACCCUCAGUUUGACCCCAGUGGUGCAAGUCAGCAUUGACGAUGGCUCCAUCUCUCGUGAACUCAAGGAUGCCCCAGGAGAGAGCCCAGUCUCACAUGGUGUAAGAAGAGGAUCAGUAUCUCCCACAGCAUUGCUUGACUGUAAAGAUCUCAUAAAGCCGGCGCAAUUUAAAGACUUUUCCAAUGACAGCCCCAUGACACUGAAGCAGAAGAGAGAUCUUCUCAGGAAAACCCCAGCGGUACCAGAGCUUUCCCUUGAUGACGUCUGUGAGGUGAACACCAAACUGGAGGGGGAGUCUGCCGGAGGACAACCUGUGAAAAGCGUCUUCUUGAAUGUCCCAGAGAAUUCGGAAGAGUGCGCUCACAGUGAUGUCCAGUCUGACUGUGAGAAAUCCAGCGAUCCAAAGCCAGAGGAUGAGAAUGAGGAAAUGGAGUUCAAAAUCCAGAUUGUGCCACGUCAAAGGAAGCAGAGGAAGAUCGCCGUCAGUGCCAUACAGAGGGAGUACCUGGAUAUCUCUUUCAACAUCUUGGACAAAAUUGGGGAUCAGCAAGCAGGAGAAGCAGAUCAGAAAGGUCUUCCAACUUUGGAACUGCCACGGGAGUCUGCCUCCGUUCCAACUCUUCAAGCCACAAUUCCUGAAACGAGCAGCUACUCCUCGAUGACAACACAAUACAGACAAAUGAAACGUGGCAGCCUGGGUGCCCUGACCAUGAGUCAGCUGAUGAAGAGGCAACUGGAGCACCAGUCUAGCGCCCCACACAACAUCAGCACCUGGGACACAGGUAUCACCAAGUCCAGUCUACUGUCUGCUCCCAGCACCGUCAGCAUGUUUGUUCCUGCACCAGAAGAGUUCACAGAUGACCAGCCCACUGCCAUGACCGACAAGUGCCACGACUGUGGAGCCAUCUUAGAAGAGUACGACGAAGAAACUCUUGGCCUGGCUGUGGUGGUGCUGUCAAUGUUCAUCCACCUGAGCCCAGACCUUGCUGCCCCUUUACUGCUGGACAUCAUCCAGUCGGUGGGCAGAUUGGCAGCAAGCACACAUUUUUCUGGUCAAGCAGAAAGUAUUAUGAUUCCUGGCAAUGCUGCCGGCGUGGCAAAGCAGUUUGUUCGCUGUCUUUUUCAUCACCUGGCACCCAAUGGCAUCCUACCACAGCUUUUCCAGAGCACCAUCAAAGAUGGCAGUUUCCUAAGAACGCUGGCGUCUUCACUGAUGGACUUUAAUGAGCUCAAUUCCAUAGCUGCUCUGAGCCAACUGUUCGAGGGUUUAAAUAACAAGAAGAGCUUGCCAGCUGGGGGCGCCAUGCUUAACUGUCUAGAGAACACUGCCACGUACAUGGAGGCAUUGCCCAUGGACUCGCCCAGUAAUCUUUGGACUACCAUCUGCAACCAGUUUCAGACCUUCUUGACGAAGCUUCCAUCUGUCUUACCACUCAAGUGCUGUCUCGACUCCAGCUUAAGGAUCAUCAUUUGCCUCCUGAAGAUACCAGCCACAAAUGCUACGAGGAGCCUGCUGGAGCCAUUUUCCAAACUCCUGAGCUUUGUGAUUCAACAUGGCACCUUCAGCCUACAUUACCUGGUGGAGCUUUGCGGGUUGUGCUAUCGAGCAUUUAAUAAGGAGCGUGAUAAAUUCUACUUGUCACGGAUUGUUGUGCUGGAGCUUCUGCAGGCUUUGAAGUUUAAAUCUCCUCUCCCAGACAUUAACUUGCUGUUGCUGGUGCAGUUUGUCUGUGCAGAUUCUGGGACCCGAUUAUCUGAGUCGGCGAUGCUGCAGAAGCACAUGAUCACCUCAGUUCCUGGAUGUUCAACUGCAGCGAUGGAGUGCAUGAGGCAGUAUGUGACAGAGAUACUGGACUUUGUGGCAGACAUGCACACGUUAACAAAGUUGAAAAGUCACAUGAAGACCUGCUCACAGCCACUACAUGAAGAUACAUUUGGAGGGAACCUGAAAGUAGGAUUAUCUCAGAUAGCAGCGAUGGAAAUCAGUAGGGGGAACCACCGCGACAAUAAGGCAAUCAUCCGGUAUCUGCCAUGGCUUUACCACCCUCCAUCAACAAUGCAACAAGGGCCUAAGGAGUUUAUCGAGUGUGUGUCCCACAUACGGUUACUCUCUUGGCUUUUGCUUGGGUCCUUGACCCAUAGUGCCUUGCACCAAGGAUCAACAUCAUGUAUGCCUAUACCCCUGGAUGCUGGCUCUCAAAUUGCUGACCACCUAACUGUUAUUUUGAUUGGUUUUCCAGAACAAUCCAAGACCUCCGUCCUGCACAUGUGCUCCCUCUUCCACGCCUUUAUGUUUGCUCAGCUGUGGACGGUCUACUGUGAACAAGCAGCCGUCGCCCCAUCACUGCAGAACCAGAAUGAAUUUUCAUCCACAGCGAUUCUCACCGGCCUAGAGUUCUGGAGCCGGGUGACACCUGGGAUCUUGCAGCUCAUGGCUCAUAAUAAAGUGAUGAUUGAAAUGGUUUGUCUGCAUGUCAUCAGUUUAAUGGAAGCUUUGCAGGAAUGCAGCUCAACAAUUUUUGUGAAGCUUAUACCAAUGUGGCUGCCCAUGAUUCAGUCAAAUAUAAAGCACUUAUCUGCAGGACUGCAGCUGCGGCUACAAGCAAUACAAAACAACGUCUGCCACCUUUGUUUCCAGGGGGCUCAAAGUGGCGGGCAGGCAAGCGCUGUGUCCUCUGCAGUCCGCAAGUGGCUGCAGUGCACUCAGUUCAAGAUGGCCCAGGUAGAGAUCCAGUCAUCUGAGGCAGCGUCUCAUUUUUACCCAAUGUAAUGGCCGUCACUACCCACUACCCUGGUUUGUACAAGUCUGAAUGCACCCCACAGCAAGAGGUUAUCAGACCUUAGAUUUGAAGGAUGGUUGAUCUUUCCCUUUUUUAGAUUUGAUUUUGUGUUAAUCCAUUUGAGGCCAUGUACCCCCUUGGAGUGAGUGAUAUUCCUCUCAGACGGUGCCAAAUGAGCUCCUUACUUCACCAUCCUAGAUGGAAGUCUAGGACCAUUGACUAUUGAACAUCCAGAACUUCAAUGGCAAGACUUCCUGGGAUUCUGUUAUUAUCAGUGAACAAAGCCAUGAUAGAUGGGACCAAUGGCUGUCACCCUCACAGAUUUGCCAUAUGUACAUUCUGUAUGAGGCUCUUUAAUAGGUUGUGUCAGGAAUCAGCUAGGCACAGGCUGUCGGGAUUGUUCAACAUAGAGUCAUCAUCUAAAGUUUGGCAGGCUCCUAGUGAUGCCACACCAGCCAUUGCAAAAUUUGGCCCUGCCUGCCCAGCUCUAUGAUUCAUGGUGUUCUUGUUAGAAAACAACAUACAGCACGCCAGGAGGAGCUGCUCCUAAAAUGGCUGACAGGUGCAGUAUCACCAUGACUCAUGAUACACCAUAGAAGUGCCAAAUGAGUUCAAAUUGUAUUCUCCAUUUUCUGUUAGCACACCAUCAGUCCAAAGAUAUGCUGUCAGGUACACAGAAGGGAAUGAGUGUUGACUGACAUUCCUUCUCAGGAUGGUACCUGGCGUGCCCACAGCGCCACCAGAAUAUACCCUGAUAUGCACAAAUGUCUGUUUGUUUGUAUUCAAGUAUGGCUGUCCUUCUUUUAAGCCCCCCUUUAAUGAAAAGGUGCCAUGGAACGGCUCAUUUCAUUGCCAUUUGUGCCCGUGUUUCACCAGCUGUACAAGAGUGAAAUCACAGAAAGUGGUAAAAUAAUUUUACUGAUAUUUAAAAUGCCAAGUGCACUAUUUAGCAUUUUGCAAACAGAAGCAAAAUGACAGAAUGAAACCCAAGUGGUGUGGGAAUUUCCAACCAGUUGCAAAAUUGGUUAACAUGAAAAUUGCAGCCACAAGGGGGUGCUGUAACCCUGCUGUGUAUGACCUGGUGCUGUCAGUGUUGGCUGCUGUGGAUUCACAUCACUUGACUGCACAAUUUGUAGCCAUAAAUCCA